AUGGUCCUGCUUCACCACUUCGUCUUCGCCCUCGCGACGCUUUCUUCGAGCACUCUCGCCCAGACCUGCGCGACAAUAAACCCCGCCUAUGCCCCAACAUGGGGCUCCGGAUUCUCCGGUCGCGUUGUCAUGAACGGGCUGAGGACACCUCGCGGCCUGAUCUUCGAUUCCUUGAACAACUUGCUAGUCGUUGAAUCUGGGGGCGCCGGAGUGCGCUACAUAAAGCUCACGGAUAACGGCGGGACCGAUGUGUGCGUUGCGAGUUCCAAGCAGCUUAUCCCGGAGCGAGGGCUUAACCACGGCAUCGAUCUUUCCGCAGAUGGCAAGACCCUGUUCGUUUCUUCCAUAACCACCGUUUUCAGCUACCCCUAUGACGCUGCUGCCGGCACGGUGGGGACUAGGAAGACGCUCAUCACGGGCAUGAGCAACGGCGGCCACUCGACCCGCACCAUCCUUACUUCGAAGAAGAAUCCGGAUAUGCUGAUCGUAUCCGUCGGCUCUAAUGCUAACAUCGACGCCGCUACGUCGCAGCAAAGCUCUGGGCGCAGUCAGCUUCGCAUCUUUAGCAUUGAGAAGGUCAGCCAGGCGUCGGUCGCGUACACGGCUGGAGAGAUCUUGGGCUGGGGUCUAAGGAACAGUGUUGGCGUAACCGAGAAUCCGGUCACCGGCGGUAUUUGGUCCGUCGAAAACAGCGUCGACGACAUGAGGAAAAACAACGUCGACAUCCACAACACCAACCCCUGCGAAGAGCUCAACUACCACGGCACCCUCAACGGCACCUCUCCCGAGCGCGGCGCCAACUUCGGCUAUCCCGAAUGCUUCGCCGCCUGGGACCCCUCCGUGAUCCCCAACAACCAAAACAUCAAAGUGGGCACGCAAUUCGCCAUCGGCACCGGCAGCGACGCGACGUGCACAUCGCGUACGCCGCCGAAGCUGUGCUUCCCGAGCCAUACGGCCCCGUUGGGCGUAAAGUUCAAUGGGAAUAGCACGGCCGCGUAUAUUUCUUUCCAUGGCUCUUGGAACCGCCAACCACCCGACGGCUACCGCCUCAGCAAGAUCGCCUUCGACCCCGCAACCGGCAUGCCGACUGAGCCGUCGACCUCGACCACCGCCGCCAUCAACGUGAUGAGCAAUCCCAGCAACAGCGCCUGCCCUACACGCUGCUUCCGCCCCGUAGACUUGGCUUUUGACGCCAAGGGACGGCUGUUCAUGACGAGCGAUUCGUCGAAUGAGGUUUGGGUUAUUGGGGGGACGUAG